AGAGAGUAUCGACAUUUGACAGUGCAGGUUAAUGUGACAGAAUGGUGUAAAUUUAAUGCACUGAAAAUAACACGACAUUUCGAGUGCAGAAGCUGUGAGAAUGUUGUGUAAAAUAGAAAAAAAUCAAAACUAAUUUAUUUUCGUCACUUUUGAAGUGCAUUCAUAAGUGAAAAUUCGUCUAUUUCCCUUCAUAUUUUCAAGUAUUCCUAUUUAUUAACUGGUGUGAAUGAGUGAUUUUGUUUUGUGCGUGAAAGUAAAAUCAAUAUUUGUUGCCCGCAAGGAAAUUACAUAAAAUUUGUGGUUUUCACUGCAAUUACAUUAAUUGCGCGAGCUCUGUAACAAUCGUAGAAAAUUUGCUUUGCAACAAGUCUCCAUUGUAAUGGAUGGAAAUAAGGAUGAGGCCCAGCGAUGCAUAAAUAUUGCACUCGAUGCAGCAAAAUCAGGCAAUUUACAGCGGGCCGAAAAGUUUUUGCGAAAGGCCGACAAUUUGUAUCCAUCUCAAAAGGCCAAAGAUCUUCUAGCUCAAAUCCAAUCGAGAGAAUCGGAAACCAAGGACACAGCCGAUGGUGUACGAAAACGUAAUACGAAUUCAAAUAGUGAAAGUUCUCAGGCAAAGCGUAAUGAGGCAGCAUCCAGUGAAUAUACCAAAGAGCAGUCUGAAUUGUGCGAGCGAAUUCUACGGUGCAAAGAUUAUUACGAAGUGUUGCGUGUCACGAAAGACGCUACUGACACGGAAAUCAAACGAUCUUACAAAAAAUUAGCAUUACAAUUGCAUCCCGAUAAGAAUCGUGCACCGAGAGCUGUUGAAGCAUUCAAAGCAUUAGGGACUGCUGCCGGUUGUCUAACCGAUCCGGAGAAGAGAAAACAUUACGAUCUGUUUGGAAAUAAACCAGAUAAAAUUCCGAAACGACACUACCAUCAAAAUCAUGAGUACGAGCAUGCCUAUCGCACGGGAUUCGAUUCCGAUUUCACUGCCGAAGAAUUAUUCAACAUGUUUUUUGGUAAUGGCUUUCCACAAACGAGAACCACAAGCAAUAGACAGUAUGCUUCACGACGUGACACACAGCAACAACAAUAUCAUCAAAAUCAUCAGCAGCAACCAAGUCUUGCUUUUGGUUUAAUACUUGUGUUGGUAUUAAUUUCAAUGUUGGCAUCGUUUUUUACAUCGGAUCCCGUUUAUAGUUUGUCACCCACCUCGAAGUAUUCAAUUGUGCAGCGCACUCAUCACCUGAAUGUGCCAUAUUAUGUUCGGGACACGUUUAAAAAGGAGUACCAAGGCUCAUUGCAUCGAUUAGAAAACACUAUUGAGGAAGAAUAUAUAAUGGUUAUGAAGCAAAAUUGUAUGCGUGAACGUAGCUACCGUGACCUUAUGAUAGCACGUGCCCGAAGCUUCGGCGGUGCAAGUCAAAUGGAGCAAGCCAAAGCGUUAAAGGUGACAUCGUGUGAUAAUUUAGCUCGCCUUGGCCUCACAAAGUACAUAUAUUGAACAAGCUACUACCCAAGCUAGAAGACGGAAGCUGAUGCAAUUUGGCGUGAUAAUGCACCGGCACACACACACACCACGAUUAGAUGGUUGUUUUCGUGUAUUGUUGUUUAUAUAUUUAUCUUUUAUUCAUCCAUACAGGUUAUUUGAACAAUCGAACAAUAGAUGACCGAACCAAACAAAACGUAGCUCCGUUUCGAACCGAAAACUUAAAUCUUACAAAUAUUCUGUAAUUAUUUUGGAACAAUAGAGUUUUACCCAUAGUAUUUUAUUUGUUUUCUAAUCGAGCUAGAUCCUCGUGUGAUUCAAUUUUUCUUUUUUUUUCACCUAUUUAUCCAAUACCUGAGUUGUAUUUAAUGACAUCAUUUUGAGUGUGAUUAAACCAUUGGCUUUUUUGAACGAAAUUGAUCUAGUUAGGAAUUUUUAAACCAUUCCCGUUGCCAUAUCAAGAUUGCUUUUAAAUUCAAAAUGUGCGAGUUUUUUCUUUAAUAGAAUAACUGGGAAAGGGAAACAAAUUAUAUGCCAAAUAUACAUUUAUCAUUUUAAAACAACAUUUCAAAGUUCAGCCUUACCUCCAUAAAAUCCACUUUGCUUCACAAAUCAAAAGGAAAAAUCAAUCGAUUUGAAAUUUAACUGAUUGUGAUUUGCAACAAUUUUUCAACUUACAGUUUAAAUAAAUAAAGCAUUUCCCGUUAUUUUUUUUCAAUAACACCCAUUUCCAAAUCUAUCCAAUUGAUUCCAUUUUUAAAACAUCUCUCUGAGUUCCGUCACAUGGAAUGUACGCGUGACGGCAUAUUUUCACACGGAACUUCGUUCCCAGUGCGCCGAGCACUUGCUAUAUAUAGAGCGAACGUUUUCGAAUAUUAGAAACCACACGUUAUUAUAUGUAGCAAGUGCUCGGGGCAUUGGGAACGAAGUUCCGUGUAAAAAUAUGCCGUCACACGUAUCAUUCCAUGUGAUGAAACUCAGAGAGAUAGCUAACUUUCUCAAAACUUCAUUCCGGAACCAUGUUAAUGCGUUUCUAGUAAAAUUUAAACUCAGACUCCUUCGCUGAAACCAAACUAUCGUAUGAACGAAAUGGUGAUUUGAAUCCAAAUUUUGAUACGAACAAAAAUAUGAAUGUUUUUUCCCCUAUGUUAGCUUAAUUUAAAUAAAGAAAUGUUGACCCAUUUUGUUAUUUCAAAAAUGCACCAAAUAAAUAGAUAACGAAAA